CAAAAAAGACCUUACGAAGAAGAAAAUAAAUAAUGGAGAGUCGAAAGAGAGAAGCACGCCAUACCUGAGAGAUUCAUGCGUCGACGACUUGAAACAUUUUACUAAUAAUAAUUAUUAUUGUCAAAAUCGAUCGAUAAUAAUAAUUAUUGUUAAUAAAAAAAUUUAAUUAAGGAAAGAAGAUAGAGAAAAAAAAAAGUGGUGGUGGAGGUGUUUGAUGGGUGCUAGUCACAGCACCAACGUUAAUAAUCAUUCUUCUCAGCCUCAUUCUCGGAAUCCUUCGAAUCAUCUGAGCAAUAGCUCUCGACACUGUGGCACAAGUGAUCGAUUAUCUGUGAGCAAUUUGCGGUCGCAGCUCACCACUAUUUACAGAAAUCAAGAGGAAGAAGAAGAGGAGGAGGAAGAAGAAGAGGAGGAAGAAGGAGGAAAGGAGAAAGCAGGAGGAGAAGAAGAAGAAGCGAGAAGAUUCGCACUUGUUAGAGAUUUUGAUCUGUCUGGUUUGAAACGCAUUAGGGUUCCAAGAAGGAAUUAUAUUCAAAUGGAUCCUCAUAAAAAGGUUGCACUGGAGACUGAGUUCUUUACAGAAUACGGUGAAGCCAGCCGAUACCAAAUCCAAGAAGUUAUAGGGAAAGGAAGUUACGGGGUUGUGGCAUCUGCAAUCGACACACAUACGGGAGAAAAGGUUGCCAUAAAGAAAAUCAAUGAUGUUUUUGAGCACGUCUCUGAUGCAACGCGGAUUCUAAGAGAGAUCAAGCUCCUCAGGUUGCUCCGGCAUCCUGAUAUAGUGGAGAUAAAGCACGUAAUGCUUCCUCCUUCCCGUAGAGAAUUCAGAGACAUAUAUGUUGUAUUUGAGCUGAUGGAAUCAGAUCUUCACCAAGUCAUCAAAGCGAACGAUGAUCUAACACCUGAGCAUUACCAGUUUUUCCUGUACCAGCUUCUUCGUGGCCUGAAAUUCAUCCACACAGCCAAUGUGUUUCACCGUGAUUUGAAGCCCAAAAACAUUCUAGCCAACUCUGAUUGCAAGCUGAAGAUUUGCGACUUUGGGCUUGCUCGUGUGUCGUUUAAUGACGCACCUUCGGCUAUAUUCUGGACUGAUUAUGUCGCUACAAGAUGGUACCGUGCACCAGAACUUUGUGGCUCUUUCUUCUCCAAAUAUACUCCUGCCAUUGAUAUAUGGAGCAUAGGAUGCAUAUUUGCAGAAAUGCUCACAGGGAAACCAUUGUUUCCGGGGAAGAACGUUGUGCACCAAUUGGAUAUUAUGACUGAUUUGCUUGGUACUCCUCCACCCGAAGCUAUUUCAAGGAUUCGUAAUGAAAAGGCGAGGAGAUAUCUCGGCAACAUGAGGAGAAAACCACCAGUUCCAUUCACUCACAAAUUUCCUCAUGUAGACCCGUUGGCCCUACGUUUGCUGCACCGUCUUCUUGCAUUUGAUCCCAAAGAUCGUCCCACAGCUGAAGAGGCACUGGCAGAUCCUUACUUCUAUGGUCUGGCAAACGUCGAUCGGGAACCAUCUACUCAACCGAUUCCAAAACUUGAGUUUGAGUUUGAAAGAAGGAAGAUUAUGAAAGAAGACGUGAGAGAAUUGAUCUAUAGAGAGAUAUUAGAGUAUCAUCCUCAAAUGCUGCAAGAAUAUCUUCGAGGUGGAGAACAGACUAGCUUCAUGUACCCAAGUGGGGUUGAUCGGUUUAAGAGACAAUUUGCACAUCUUGAGGAACAUUACGGUAAGGGUGAGAGAAGCGCUCCUCUUCAACAACGACACGCCUCCUUGCCUAGAGAGAGAGUCCCUGCUCCUAAGGAAGAGAAUGGAUUACACAAUCACGAUACCGAAAACAGACCUGAAGCUUCUUUAGCCACGAGGCCCACGACACUCGAAAGCCCUCCAAAUUCUCAACACGAAAGCUCAGAUUACAUGAAUGGAAUGAGCCAGACGGGUUACAGUGCCCGAAGCUUGCUGAAAAGUGCCAGCAUCAGUGCAUCUAAAUGCAUUGGCAUGAAACAAAGAAACAAGUCCGAGGUAAAGAUCAAGAACCAUUUAAAGAUAUGUUACAAGUUUGUAUGCACUUGUUGUUCACAUUCUUGGUUUUUGCAGCACGGGGAAUCGAACAAUGAUGCAGUUGAUGCUUUGUCUCAAAAGGUCACGGCUCUACACACUUGAUUGGAUAUUUGGGAAUGAAACUUCUUGCUAACAAUUGACGGCUGAUUCUACAAUUCAUAUACACAUCUCUCACAAGGAGCAGAAGAAGAAGAUCUAUUUGUAUUAAAUGAAUGGAAUUAUUGUUGUUCGUUCGCUAAGUAAUUACAGUAGGUGCCACUAAUUUUAUGGAGGAACCCGGAAAUGCCCCAGAAGUUUGGCUUUAUACUUGUUAACCCCUGGAUAUUUUGUUUGAGAAGUUUCUGACCUUAUCAAAUGAUAAAAAUAAAUAGUUGAAAUUUGUGUUAA